UAGCAGUCGAUGAAAACUAAAAAGGGAAUUCCUCCUUCUUCAGUGCACAAAUCUAUUUCUAGAUUUAGAAACAUCUAUUUUGAGAGUGUUGUCUCGAUUCAAUGAGUAGCCAACAUGGAUUCUGUCACGGUUUCUAUAGAGUCUUUGCAAGAAUUUCAAGUGCAAGAGGUGUCGUUAGAUGGACAAGAAACCUAUACUAAGCCCCUUUCUAUGUCAGAAAGCCUUGCCAAGCUAGCACACCGUAUCGACUUCACAAAGUCCGAGGGAGAAGACAACAAUGAAGCUGUGACUCCAGAAGGAGAGAAGGAGAGCAAGAAGACUGACACCUCUAAGGAUGAGGCAGCAGCAGCAGUCACAGCAGUGCAGUGGCCGUGGGAAUCAGUGCAUAGUAAACUUAGGUGUGCCCUUACUGAAAUCAGUGUCUUGUCAGAUAUCUUACACAUCUGUCGAUGGGCAAGAGAUCCUCGCUACAUGGUUCUGGACCCCGUGUCUCAAGAACAAACUCAAUCCAAGCAAUUAGUCCAGCUGCUGGACAAGAAAAAGAGUUUGAGUGGUGCAGCCAGUAUUCUUCAGAAUGGAGCGACGCGUAUGAUGCGACAACCACAAACCACCACCAGCAGCCCACAGAAGACUCAACAUCAUAAUGACUUCCAUGCCGAUCAACUUAGAUUGAGACAACACUGGCGGCUUAAGAAGGUUGGCAAGAAUAUACUUGGUGACCUCAGCUUCAGAACAGCUGGCUCCCGAUUCUGGCACAGUGGGGCCUUUGAAGUGACGAAGACGACCGAUAUUGACGUUGAUUCUACUGACAAGAGUCUUUCAACUCCGCUCAGAGUAACCAUCCCAUCGGAUAUUGAGGGAACUAGUUACAUACAAGUCAUUAUAAAAGAAGGAGAAGCAGAUAUUGCGACAUCUUUUCUAAGCCAAGCCAGUAGGAGUAGGGUAUCAACUAACGCCCAUUGGCAGGAGAGACUUGAAGUGGCUCAGACUGUUCUCUUCUGCAAGGAAAUCUUUGCUCAGAUUGCCAGAGAAGCUGUACAGUUGAAAUCACCGGUACCCCAUAUCGUAGUUGGUAAUCAGAUCUUUUGUAAUCUGUUCCCUGGUGUUCAGCUCUGCCUUGCACUGUGCCACAACACAAGCGUGGAUUACCAGUCUGCAAGCAAUAUUGAGUAUCGCCCAGUGCAGAUUGAACCAGUGAAGAAAUCCAACCAUGCCCUUGAGCACUCUCUUCAUCAACUUCUGAGAGAAUUACACAGAAGCAACAUGAAUGGGUCCACACCUCGGCCAAUUACAGCCUCCCAUACUAUGAGCAAGAAGCGAAGACUCGCAGGACCACACGCUCUUAGCAGGAAAGAACUGACCGACAUGCAGCAAGGGGAGUGUCUACUCGAGAAAAUCAUGAAGCAAGCCAAGCAUAUUGUACUGAGGAAGAUGGUGGCAGAUGUGAUCGACCAGAUGUCACGUGAAUUACAGGAUCCAGUUAUUCUGGUCCACUGGAGUGCUCACACUCAACCGCUCCUAUCCACAGCUAAAAUUCACAUCUCUACAAGUGGCUAUGAACAAAUGGCAGUGAGUUUACUGCAACUAACUGUGGAAGUUGCCACUGUGCGUGUGGUUUGCAAAGAUGGUCGGGUGGUUCAAAUCGACCAUGAAGAGCAGGAACUAAAAGAUCUACUUCGUUGUCAGAUAUCCCAACACCAGACGAGUUGUGUAGUGUCUCUCUCCAAAGCCAUGAAUAUGCAAAUCCUUCAUUAUAACCACCAUGUUGGUGUUGGGCCAGCCUCCAAGGUUGGCAAUGCAUCGUCCGUACUGGUUUCAACACAUCACGGAAAGAGGACACUAGCUAUCAGAAGUGACCCAUUGGGUGGAAUAAAGGUCCUUGUCAAGGGAUGCAAGAACCCACACUCUGCAGAGCAGAAGAGCAAUGUAGUAACGGAUCCCAAAUGGGACAGUAUUAUGACAGACUUCAGGGAAGUGGACCUCGCUAGAAUACCGGGCAAAAACUUUGUCAACAAGAUGGAAAUGCUGAUGGCAGUCCUAGCAUCAUAGGAAACUGAAUACACGAACAUUGUUUUCUUCCAGCGGCAUACAGACCACCAAUAAUAUUUCACAGUCAGUAUUUCGAGACUCAAGUUGGCAAAUGAAGUAUCAACCAAACAAGCCAUGGGGCUUUUCAAGACUACAUUUUAGUUUUAACUAAAAUGUUUAAAAACACCAACAGCUCUUUGCUUGCUGACUGAAAAGCCAUUUCAUUUUUUUAGCACUGAAAAAUUUGCUAAAAUACUGUACAUUUGGUUAUUUUACUAUGCUAA